GGGAGGUCCUGGGGUUCUCCCAGACACUUCUGGCACCCCAGAACUUCAGCUGGGACCAGCAAGGGAGCUGGAUUCCAGGGCUCACACUGCAUCCCCAAACUAGACGAGUCUGCUGGUAGCUGCCCAAGCUCUGCCUCAGGCGCUGGCCUCAACCUGCCCCAAAUCCAUGCCGAACUCCCUUGCUGGUGCUCAGUUCCCCCUCCCUACUCUGAGCACGGAUGACUUGGUGGACCCAAGCCUGAGAAGCACAGGGCGCCUGGAGGAGGGAGGCUUGGACCCCCAGCCAAAGGACACUGGCCAGCGGAAAGAACUCAGCAUGGCCAGCAGGCUGCGCCAGGUGAUCACCAUCUUCCUUAAGGCCUGUGGGCUCCUAGGCAGCCUCUACUUCUUCAUCUGCGCCCUGGACAUCCUCAGCUCUGCCUUCCAGCUGCUGGGCAGCAAAAUGGCUGGAGAUAUCUUCAAGGACAACAAGGUGCUGUCCAACCCUGUGGCUGGACUGGUCAUCGGUGUGCUGGUCACAGUCCUCGUGCAGAGCUCGAGCACGUCCUCCUCUAUUGUGGUCAGCAUGGUGGCCUCCAAGUUGCUGACUGUCAAGGCGUCGGUGCCCAUCACCAUGGGCGUCAACGUGGGCACGUCCAUCACCAGCACUCUGGUCUCCAUGGCACAGUCUGGGGACCGAGAUGAGUUCCGGAGGGCCUUCAGUGGCUCUGCUGUCCACGGUAUUUUUAACUGGCUCACUGUACUGGUCCUGCUGCCUCUGGAGAGCGCCACGGCCGCCCUGGAGAGGUUGAGUGGGCUGGCGCUGCGUGCUGCCAGCCUCCAGCCCGGGCAGCAGGCCCCCGACAUCCUCAAGGCGCUGACCCAGCCUCUCACGCACCUCAUUGUGCAGCUGGACAGCAGCGCCAUCACAGGCAGCGCCACCGGAAGCGCCACCAACGACAGCCUCAUUAAGCAGUGGUGUGGCAUCAGGGCUGAGACGGAGGAUGGCGAGGAAUGUGAGGUCUCCGGCCACUGCCCUGAGAGGAACAGCACAGCCUUCCCUGGGGACAAGCUGCCCUGCCAUCAUCUCUUUGUGAACUCGGCGCUCACGGAUGUGGCCGUGGGCUGCAUCCUGCUAGCCGGCUCCCUGCUGGUGCUCUGUGCCUGCCUGGUGAUCAUUGUCAAGCUGCUCAACUCGCUGCUGCGCGGCCGAAUCGCGCAGGCUGUGAGGACAGUCAUCAACGCAGACUUUCCCUUUCCCUUCGGCUGGCUGAGCGGCUACCUGGCCAUCCUUGUGGGCGCUGGCCUGACCUUCCUGCUGCAGAGCAGCAGCGUCUUCACCGCUGCCAUUGUGCCGCUCAUGGGCGUCGGGGUCAUUACCCUGGACCGCGCAUACCCCCUCUUCUUGGGCUCAAACAUUGGUACCACCACCACAGCCCUGCUGGCCGCCCUGGCCAGCCCUGCAGACAUGCUGCUCUUUGCAGUCCAGGUGGCUCUCAUCCACUUCUUCUUCAACCUGGCUGGCAUCCUGCUGUGGUACACGGUGCCGGUCCUGAGGCUACCCAUCCCCCUGGCCAAGCACUUUGGGGACCUGACGGCCCACUACCGUUGGGUGGCCAUUGCUUAUCUGCUGCUGGCCUUCCUGUUGCUGCCCCUGGCCGUCUUCGGGCUCUCCCUGGCGGGGAGCGCGGUGCUGGCGGGGGUCGGGGGUCCCCUGGUGGGCCUGGUUCUGCUCAUCAUCCUGGUCAAUGUGCUGCAGCGGCGCCGCCCGUCCUGGCUGCCCCCCUGCCUUCGGUCCUGGGACUGGCUGCCCCUGUGGCUUCAUUCUCUGGAGCCCUGGGACGGCCUGGUGACCCGCUGCUGCCCCCAGAAGGCUGCGGUCAAAGAGGCUCACUGCUUCGAGAACCCCGAGGUGCUGGCCUCGCAGCAGCUGUGAGGGCGGGCACCGGGCGCGCGG